AUGUCAUGUUUUUUAGUAGAACAAAUGAAAGAAGGUUUAUAUUAUACUAUCAACCAAUCUUUAGUUGAAGAAGUCAAGCUACUUACAAAUUAUAAACCUAUACCAAGUGAAGAUUUAGAAGAUGAGCCUGAUGCCAUUGCUUUGUAUGCUAUAUAUCUUUUAGAAAGGUUAAACCAAGAUGUAAUUAAGGAGGUUUGGAAAGUAUCAAGGGUUACAAGUGAUAGAACAAAUUAUUUUAUAUUCUUGCUAGCAGAUGGUUUAUAUAGUUGUACCUGUCUUUUGCAACAAAGGAAAGAGUUAGUUUGUUAG